AUGGAGUGUGUUUAUCGAGCAGAUAAUGAUGUUUGCAGUGAAGAGCGUAUAGGUAUAUAUGUGGGCACACAAAUAUGCAUAUAUAACAGAAUUGCUUUAGAGCAAUUGUCUAAAGAAAACAAAAAGAAAGUAAGAGAGGUCAUUUUUUGUCCCCCUCUUUUUCAGUUAUUUUUAUUUCAGUUGCUGCGAGGACUGUCUUACAUCCACCAGCGUUACAUUUUGCACAGGGACCUGAAACCACAGAAUCUUCUGAUCAGUGACACGGGGGAGUUAAAGCUGGCAGACUUUGGUCUUGCAAGAGCUAAAUCAGUUCCCAGCCAUACGUAUUCUAAUGAAGUGGUAACCCUAUGGUACAGACCUCCAGAUGUCCUUUUGGGAUCAACAGAAUAUUCUACCUGCCUUGAUAUGUGGGGAGUGGGAUGUAUCUUUGUAGAAAUGAUUCAAGGAGUCGCUGCUUUUCCAGGAAUGAAAGACAUUCAAGAUCAACUUGAAAGGAUAUUUCUGAGGAGUGAUCCAUGGAAAAUAAGAUGCAUUCAUUUGAAACUGCUGGAGAAGUACUGUACAAAUUAAUAAGAGCGAAAAAGAAAGAAAAAAUCUAAAAAAAAAAAAAAAGAGAGAGAGAAAAGAAAUUCUGUUUCAUACGAAGAUGUUGAAAACAAGAACUUUCAUACUGGAGUUGAGAGUAGGGGAAUUGCCUGACUAGGUUCUUAAUGCAGUAGGUAUUUUCAGGUGUUUGAGUGUGAAAUAAAUAGCUCCAGAUAAUAAAGCAUUAUGUUUCAUUCUUGCUGUUUUGGCUCUUUCUUCACAGUAUUCUGAGUUCUCUAGUUAAAAUAACUCACAAUAGCAAAAUUGAUUCUCUAGUUGUCAGUUACAGAAAUAAAAAUGCCCAAUUUUCACCAUUUGUCUUUAGAGUGCAUAUAUAUGUAUCACUGCAUAGCAGUAUUUCUGGCAGUUGAGGUCUGUUUCAGAGUACAUCAGAGAGAACUAUUAAUAUAUAUUGUAUAAUGAGGACGUAAUGAGAACUACUCACAGUACUUUUUCUGGACACAACAUGAUCCAAACAGCUGUGGUGUAAACUCUAAAACCUUCUUACUGAUGGAGCAGAGAAGUGCAAUGUAAAUUCUUAACAAAAAGAGUAGUAUGGUGCUCACAUAAAUAUGGUGGUCCUCAUAAUAAUUACAUCUGGAGGAGAAAUCAAGGAAUUUUUUGAGGCACCUAUUUAUUGUGCUGAAAGUUCUUGGUUAAAUUUCUGUGUCUUCAGUUGGAUUAAAAAACUGUGGACCACAUAAACUUUCAAUUUGAUUAAACUUUACUGUGUAUUAAAGAGAGACUUAUGUUUUUAAAACACUUGCUUAAUUACUUUCAUGAUCAUUAAAGAUAUCCUGUUCUUACUCUGAUACAUUUUUGAUGUGUUUUGAGUUGCAGUCUUGUGUGAGAGCAGUAUCAAC